GAAUGGUUAAGCUGAACAAAUUGAGAGAAAUCUACCAAUUAGCCUCCUACUCUCAGUUAUUCCUCUUCUUCUCCAAGCCUUCGUGUUUACUAUCUUCAUCGCGUCUUGGCAGAUCGCCAAUGGCAACGGGGUGCUAAAUGAAGUAAAUCCUUAUAUUAAUACAACACUUUUGGUCUGUUAGCUAUAGUCAGUUAAAGAACUCCCCAGAUUUUUGGUUCAUAGUUUCUCACCCUUUAUCAAAAUCUGAGACGGUUGGCAAAUAAUGAUUGUCAUGUCAUCUAAUUCCGUAUUGAAACAGCAUUCUCUGUUUCAACUAAAUGUUGCGAAACGGGUCUGGGUUGUUGGUACAAUCACACUUUUUUCAUUAGCUGGCUGAACAAUUUGUGACCACAAAUUUAUCUUUCAGCUUGAGUUUGCCCUGGAAUGUUAAGGGACUCACAAAUCUUAGAGUGCCAGUAGUAUCAAUUGUCAUGCACAACAAAACCUUUUUUUUCAUAACUCCCCUCAGUAAUAUUUAAUGGUUGGUUAUGUGCUUCUUCUAAUCUACUUCCACAGUAUCAGCAAUCUUCGCAAUCGUGCAGACAAAAGCAAGCGGUUGCCUCCAAUUUACAAGGUUUCAAAAACUGUAUAUGCAUCCCCUAGCCGUGUAAAUUUCCGCCUUGAUCAAAGAAAGGCUGUAGAGACAGUACCUGCAUAUCCGAACAUUUAUUUCUCAGUUGAUGACUUCGAUGAUCCUUUUGAUGCUGUGGUUUUGUCAGACCCAGAACACUGCUAUUGUGUGAUUCUCAAUGCGCAUGAUGGGGCAGCAUUUCCUGAAGAAAGCGAAUCAAGCAAUGUCGGUUCAAAUAUACAAUCUGGGAUCAACUCUGGGAGCAGUGGAGAGAACCCACCAAAGGUUCACUCUCUUCCUAAAUGAAGGUUUCAUCGUGAUGACCGCAGCUCUCUUCUAUGUGAU